GGGGGAAGUCGCGUUUUUUCUGGGAGGACUGGGGAGAAUUACUUUCCGCUGCGCUCCACAGCGGAGCAAAGGGUUGAAGGGUCAGUCCGUGUGUUGCAGGUCAUGGCGCUGGCCGCUCGCCUCUGGCGCUUUCUGCCUUGGGGACGUCGCGUCUUUCCGGGACCUUGGCUCUCGAGGGGUGUUGCUGGCAGCCGCGGGCUGUGCUGUACUAGGCGACUCCGCGGCUCUGAGGUGAUGGGAAAUCUAGGAGCUUUCAAAAGAAGCCUUUUAUUCUCAGCUUUACCUUAUUUGGGUUUUGAAGCAUACCAAGUAUUUUCCCAGGCUGCUAUGGUUCAUGCCACAGCCAAAGUCUUCAGAGUUGAAGAAAUUCUUGAGCAAGCAGACUACCUAUAUGAGAGUGGAGAAACAGAAAAACUUUAUCAGUUGCUGACCCAAUACAAGGAAAGUGAAGAUGCAGAGUUACUGUGGCGAUUGGCACGGGCAUCACGUGAUAUAGCUCAGCUUAGUGGGACCUCAGAAGAGGAGAAAAAACUCCUGAUAUAUGAAGCCCUAGAGUAUGCAAAAAGAGCACUAGAAAAAAAUGAAUCCAGUUUUGCAGCUCAUAAGUGGUAUGCAAUCUGUAUUAGUGAUGUUGGAGAUUAUGAAGGCAUCAAGGCUAAAAUUGCAAAUGCCUACAUUAUCAAGGAGCAUUUUGAGAAAGCAAUUGAACUGAACCCAAAAGAUGCUACCUCAAUUCACCUUAUGGGUAUUUGGUGUUAUACAUUUGCUGAAAUGCCUUGGUAUCAGAGAAGAAUUGCUAAAGUGCUGUUUGCAACUCCUCCUAGUUCCACCUAUGAGGAGGCAUUAGGCUACUUUCACAGGGCAGAGCAAGUGGAUCCAAAUUUCUACAGCAAAAACUUGCUGCUUUUAGGAAAGACGUAUUUGAAGUUACACAAUAAAAAGCUUGCUGCUUUCUGGCUAAUGAAAGCCAGGGACUAUCCGGCACACACAGAGGAGGAUAAACAGAUACAGACAGAAGCUGCUCAGUUGCUUACAGGUUUCAGUGACAAGAAUUGAGAAUUUUUCAGAGAAGAAAGCCAACGAAGUAUCUAAGAAACAUUGCCUUUUCAUGAAAUUACAAAGAUAAUAUGUGAACUGUAUCUGUUCUAUGGCUGUUUUCUCGGUUCCUUUAAUGUGACCACUUAAAGUAAAUGAGCAAAAUACUAAGUUUCUUCACAGACAACAAGGCAAAAGAAAUUAAUUACCAAAAAAUUGGUAGAGACUUCUCCCUGGCUCAGAGGCAGAGAUUAUUGCACAUUUAGGCACUAGCAAUACAAAGUGGUAUAGAUUUCUGAGGAGGAUGGAUCACAUCAGAAUGGGAGAUCAAGAAAAGAAAAAGCUUUGUGGAAGAGGCUUCAUUGGGGGGUGUGCAUUGCCAAAUUGGACUGAUGCAAAGUUGAGAUCUUGCAGAGAAGGUGCAGGGAAAAUGAGGUUAGAAUGUUGAGGGUUCUUGGUAUAAAGUAAUUAAAUGAUGGAUCUUGGAACCAACCUGUGUAAGGAAAAAACUUUAAGUCAGGAGAGGACAGAAAAUGGAGUGUUUUGUUUGUGGUUUUUUUUUUUAAAUGUGACAUGGUCUUACAGGUGAAGGAUUGAUUUUGUUACUUGACAAAGCCCAGGUUCUCUUCCCUAAUGUGGUGAAAGGAACAUAGAACUCAAGGGUGAAAUAGAAAUGAAGAUGUUUUACAUAGGCAGGACCGUAUUACUUGAGGCUGCGGAACUGUUUUAUAAAAAGGAUUAUCUUGAAUCCUUUGAAUCACUUAGAUAAAUCAAGAAUGCAUGCAUAGGUAGGUUUUCCCCCCAGGGAGUUGGAUAUUGUAAAGUUAACAGUGAACCCGGAGGGUGUGGGCUGUUUGUGUUGUCAUGCAUAUUUUCGAACAAAAAGGAAAAUGAAAGUCCUGGACUCUAUAUACCCAUCUCCAAUUGCUAAUCUUCAGCUAUAUUUUACUGUUUUGUGUGUGUGUGUGUGUGUAUUUCUAAACUUUUGAAAUUGUAGACAAUAUACUUCAUCCCUAAGUACUUAAGCAUGCAUUGUCUCAGAAUGACAUCCUUCUAAACAAACAACCCAUUAGCACAACAAAAAGUUAACAGUAAUUCUUUAAAACCAUAUUGAUACCAGCCAUAUUUGUAUUUUCUCAAAUGUCCCAGGAAUGUCUUACCAAUUUUAAAAACCAGGAUCCAAUCAACCAUACAUUGUAUUUGAUUUUCGGCCUUAGUUUUUAAAACUCUAGAAGAAUUCUCCCAUUUUUUUUUUUUUAAUCCCACCAUUCAUUGACUUUUUUUUUGAACAGGCCAGUCAUCUUAGAGUCUCAUUCCAGAUUUGCCGUACCCCACUUUGGGAACCACUGUUUCAUCUUUUCAGCGACUCUGAUUAACUUUAUGUAAUUUGAUCUUCUUUGCCUAAUUUAUCACUUCUCUGAUCUUUUACCUCUUUCCGUUUCAUUUCCUUGGCUCUUUGAAUUUCUGUCUUCCAUGUCUCUAUUGUUUUCUUCCUCAGAUACCUUUUGUCUUCACUUGAGAUGUUUGUCUUUUUCUUCCAUUAUUUUCCCUGAUUUCAAUCAGCAGGCAUUUCACAUUUUCAUGAAGUUUGUCCAGUUCUGAGUUUUUUAAUUUUUAACUGAUUUGAUUUUGAUUUUUCAAUUUUUGAUUUUUUAGUUUUGAUAGUUACUUACAUUUAAUUCAUUAGUAUAUUGUGUUAAAGAAUGUUUUUUUCUGUUUUGAGUAUCUUCAUCUGAAAUUUUUUCCUUUUCACUAGAGCGACUUUCAGUAUUUUCUGGUGAUGUGUGUGUGUGUGUGUGUUUUGUGUUACCUGCAAUACAGGUAUCAAAUGGGAGGUGAAGGAUUUUGAUUUGUUCAAGAACAGUGUCUAUGAAGGAGUUUUUGUGAAAUGAGGUAUCUUUCAGUAAUAAAGCCUUUUAUGGGUAG